ACCGAGCCACACAGAGCUUUGCUUAUUGAUAAGACUCCUUGGAAGAAGAGGACCACAAACUACCGUGCUGACCUGCGACGUAAUUUCAGACGUUCAGCCUGUGACCUGGACUGGGAAGAGAGACGUCAAUUGGAUAUAUUUUAUUUGAAAGAAACCGGGACUUGGAAUAAUUUAAACUUUCUGAACGUCCUGGAUAGUUUUGUCUUGUGAAGUUUGUGACUUGGAAAUACCGUUAAGUCUUUAUGUUAAAUAUAUGUAUAUGUAUACGCAAACACUUGUGCGCAAGGUGAACUAAAUAGUGAAAACUGUUGAAUCACGUUGAAGAAAAAGCGCCUGAAUUAAAACUUGGAGGUUUAUUUAUCAGGACUGUGGAGUUUUUUCUUCUUCUUCUUCUCUCUCUCUUUUUUUUUUUUUUUUACAAGGGGGACUUAAAAGUUCCGUGCCGUUUACCGAGCACGAGCGCUUUCUUUUUCUCCUUCGGAUAUCUCUGCUGGAGAGACAACAGUGUGGACGCACCGUCUACGCGCGCGCAGUUCCGCAGGGCGAGCCGCUGUCCCUCCGCGCGCAGUGCUGAGGAGAGAAGGGACUCUCGCGCUUCCAUAAAUGCCCGGUCCGUCGCAGUGGCUCGAGGCUGGGCAGCAAGAUGAGCUCGUGGGUACAGCUGCUGCUCGCGUUGCUGGCGACGUGUCUGCGGUGUGGCGUAGCCGAGAUGCACCUCCCUUCUCUCCUCUUCUCCAUGUCACUCCUUCCCCCACUUCCUGACUCCUUCCUGGCUCCUUUGACCCCUAAAUGUUAGCAGAUGAGAAGACACAACGCCAAUAGUCAUUCACCCUGCUCUUAGUGACCAUUGUGUGUCUGCUUUGGUUAAUACCCCCCUCUUGCCCAUUAAUGAGCAGGGGGGUUAAACCCACAGUCCCUACAAUCACAAUGUAGAGCUGUUUGCUUGGUUUCUGGUGUGCUGGAAGUAUUUGGUCAAAUGCAUGUUGUUUAAGUACAAGGCUAUUGUCAUCUUCUUAUUAGUCAUCGACAAAGAAAAAACAAAACCAGAAAUGAAUUUCCCUACCAUCAAGUAUUUCCUGUGGAGCCACAGCCUGAUAGUGUUUGUAGCCUCCGUGCUAUAAAACAGCAUUGUCUUCCAAAAAACUAUUAAAAACACAUAAAAGUGUUAUCUUCCUCCUUUGCUAUAAACAGAAUGAGACGAUGUUUAACGGCCCAAUCGGUAAACUUGGAUCAUCAAGACGUGAGGUGUUGCAUCAGAGAUCACAGCUCGAGAGAGCGUUACAAACUUAGAAGAGCGGUCACUUUGAGAGCGAUAAGGUUUUGUUUUUUGAUAGAAGGGAUGCCAUUGUGUUUACAUUUCGAUCACAAACACUCGUGAAAGGGUCGUUGCAGACGUGCUGCCGCGUUGUUCCAUUUCCUCAGAGGAAUUGUUUGGACAACUCUGUGAUGUCUGAUGCAGGAUGAAUACCGGGUGGGACAUUCUCCAAAAAGCUGUUCCUUUAGUCGCAUGCACUGCUGGAAGAAAUGUCUUAAUGGUUUUGUGCAUUUUUUCCUUUUUCACAUAAUUAUGUUGUAAGACGGUCCAAAAUAAUGUCUUUUAUUUCUUUGCUCUCUUUCAUUCAUUUGUAAAUGCUUGUGUGUUUCAGGGGGAGCCUCUGCCUGCAGCUCUGGUGGAGCUGGUUAGAAACAGCCCCAUCUCCUCCAUAGAGGACCUUCAGCUGCUGCUGCUCACUGACUCCGUAGAUGAGGAGGACGGGACGUCUGCAGCUAAUGGAGGUCACAGACUACCAAGGAGCCUCGACGCCCAGCCAGCUCAGCAGGCUCUGUGUAAAGUUCGUACAGAGGUGGUUGAGGUCACCAGGGCGAUGUUAGACCGCAGCAACGCUAACUUCCUGUUAUGGCCGCCGUGCGUCGAGGUGCAGCGCUGCUCCGGCUGCUGCAACACCAAGAGCCUGCAGUGCGCCCCUGUCGUCACGCACACCAGAUACCUGCAGGUCAUGAAGAUCGAGUACAUCAACACAAGACCCACUUACGCUAAAGCCGUGGUGUCAGUGGUUGAUCAUGUGGAGUGUCGAUGUCAUCCCGCGCCACGACUCCCUGUCCACAGGAAAAAAUCAUCUCGCAGACAACAUAACCACCAGCAUCGAAACCAGACACUCAGCCAAGGACACGGACAGGUCAAGGUGCACUCCAAGGAUGCACUCCAUCAGUGGGAUGAGCUGAAGCAGAACCAACGGGCCCACCUGGAGGACCUCCUGGAGCAGCACUGGAGCCCCCGAGGAGACACCUUCACUCAGCCUGGAGAAGGGUACAGCCUGGAUGGGGAGGACUCGUCUCGCUCUGGAGAGGCUAUUCUUUUUACUCCACACUGGACACAUAACUCCACCAGGCUCCUUGGGACUAAAGAGCAAACAGAGAGUCCAGAGAAUGUGGAGAGGAAGAAUGGAGGGAUCUCGGAUGUUUCCUCAGUGGAUAAUGUUGGCGUUGAGGUAAAGAACAAGUUGGUAGAAGGUGGGGAGGGGUUGCUGCUCAACAGUACUGAAGGGAAAGUGAAUGAGGGAAACGGGAGCAGUGACAAAGGCACGCAAACACACAGUCCAUUAUGGCAAGACGACAAAUCCAAACUGGCAAAGAGUCACAUGAGUGGUUCCUCUCACCCUGUUGCUCAGAAUCCUGAAGCCAAAUUCAGUCCAACUGAGGCGCCCAGUGAGAGAGUUGGAAGCAGGUUCCGACCGACCAAAGAGCCAAAUCCAGAGCCUCGAGAACAGACGAGACUGAGAGACAAUGAGACUCCUGAGGAGGUGAGGAUAUUACAGAGUGAGGAGGAAAAACUGGAGCAGGAGAGAAAGGAGCUUCUACUUCUCCACAAGAGGCUGGACCAAGAGAAGGAGAUACUGAGACAGCAGCAGGUGAAACGUGAAGAGGAGGAAAGGCAGAAAGAAAAGGGAACGGAUGUGCAACAUCACCUGCAUGGUAAACAUCAUCAUCAUCUGCAAACAACGACACAGAAACCAGCGACAACAUCUACGACUACCACACGGCAGCCAUCAGCUCCAGCAGGCCCCAGACCUCCAGCCCGUCCGAAGAAAAGGAUGAGGAAGAAUCGCAAACGAAUCAGCAAAGCAGCUAUGAGAGCAAUGCUAAUGUAGAGCUCAAAUACAGACAGGGACACAAAGUGAACUUGGUGUAUUUCGUGGCUCCAGAGGUGAAGCAGAGUGACUCCCUUCAUAUAAGUAUUUAUUCACUUGUCAGUAACCUGCUCGUCCUGUAAGAUCUCCUCCGUAACACUACUAAUGACUGUCUGGUGAACCUGUAACUACACGUGUGUGGAGUAAGAGGAGGAUGAGAGGAAAAUGGAAUAUAAAUAAAAGGUGGACCAUGUCAAGAGAACGUUUGCCUCUACAACGACAGCCGCUGGUAAGAAGUAACAAGUGGCACCCGAAGACUGAACAAUGUGGGGGACUGAAACUGCAUCGCUGUAGAACUGUGGACAAAAGUGCAAUUUCAAAACUCUUCUUAAAACCUUGUUUUGAUAUCAACAGAGAGAAACUGCACUUAUAUGUUGACAGAACCAAGUCUCGAUGGGGUUUAAAUGACAACGUUUGUUGCUGAAAGACUUUUUUAAUAACACAAUCAGGACGGACGACAAAGUGCAUUUGGUGGAAGAAUGGACAUAACUCUUUUGUGUCAUUGAAGAAUCUGUUGUAAUUGGAUAAUCUUAGAGACAAUCAUCAAUAGACUGCAACAACAAGUGUUUCCAUGUGUGAGAGAACUCACAUACUGAGUGUUGGGAACAUAGAGCUGUGUAAAUGUACCGUACCGAGGUCUGAUAUCAUUUAUUAUCUCCGUAAAAACAGCUAUGAUCUCUCUUUAACCGUAUUUAAUUAUAUUUAACUCAUUGCAAAAAAACAAACACUGGAAUGACACACAUGUGAUUAGAGAACAAAAACAUAAAAUGUUGCAUUUCAAAAUCUCAUCCCAGGUGUGAAGAAAAAGGUGCUAUCUGAAGACGAGGCGAUAGCGUUGCACCUGUGACCUGACGUCCUGUUAUGUUUCUUAUUUAUUUAUCUAUCUCUGCCAUUACUGUGGAUUCAUUUUUUAUACAAAUACUGCAAACAACAUGUGGUUGAGAUGUGUAACAAUGCUUCUUGAUGGCUGGGUGGUUCAAACAGAAAGAAAGAAGAAGAACAAGAAUUGAAAAAGAAGAAGAAGAAGAUCCGUGUCCUUCCAGGAUCAUGCAGCGUUUAACUUCUAUGUCAAAGAAAUGUUUUGUAUGCGUAACUGCGUGGUGCAGUGUGCGUAAGGGCUUGCUCCCACACCUACACUUCUGUCAUGCAUCUCAGUGCUGAUGUAGAAGCAUUGAUCUGUUUCUCUCUUUGAUAAAGACAUGCCUCUCUUCCACUGAAACAAUCACGUUCCUUUUAAACUCCGAGAAGAGGGGAAAGACUACCCACAACACAUUUUUCUCCAAAUGCCCCCGACUGUAUUUGUUUCAUUAAUCUACAACACAUUGUUUUUGACAUUUCAAUUACAGGAAACUAAAAGAGUCGACACAAAUAAACCAAUAGUCCCUGAAAAGGACAGCAAAAGAAGCCAAACAUUGCAAAUGUAGAUAUUGUUUUUGUGUCCUUUCUAAUUCCAUUAGUAACAACACGUAGAAACACACUGCUGAUGCUACUUGUGUCCAAUAAUCCAAAAUCAGACAAACAUCUUAAGUUAUUGAUAAAACAAAGCUUGUACGUUCUUCAUACCAACUUACAACUGUUACUGAUUUUGUCUGUUUUAUUAUAAGAUAUGAUGAAAAAAACAGAAUGUUUGUGAUAACUUUGCCACCUAAUGCUAUUUUCAUAUGGGUAUAAGAAGCUGAUGUGCUUAAAUCUA